GGAGGACGGACACCCAUGGCGUCGAUGCGGCCGCUCGACCCCUCGCUCGCCACGGCCACGGCCACCGCCGCGGCCGCCAGGCCGCGCCUCGUGCCCGCGCCCACCGCCGCGGGCGCGCUGCUCCGGCGAAGCGGCGCCCUCCUUCUGCGCGCACGGCGGCGCGGGUUCUCCUGCCGCGCGGGGCCCGCCGCCUCAGAGAUAACCAAGGACAAAAGCGGAGUAGACCCCUCAAAGCUGGAUGUGGUGCUACUUCGGGUUUGUUUAGAGCACCAGGUUAAGUAUGGUGAGCACGUUGGUAUCAUAGGAUCGACGAAGGAGCUUGGGUCAUGGAAGAAGCAUGUUGAACUGGACUGGACACCAGAUGGCUGGGUCAGCCAGCUUGAGCUCCCUGGGGAAACGCUUGUGGAGUUCAAGUUUGUUGUAGUUUUGAAAGGAGGGAAGGAGAAAACAUGGGAGGGUGGUAACAACCGUGCUAUUGAGCUGCCAAAAGACGGUGCAUUUGAUGUACUUUUCCACUGGGAUAAGACAGAAGAGCCUUUAGAUCUUUCGGGGACAUCAAAGGUUGAUAGAGUAUCCAGAUAUGUUGUUCCAGAAAAGGCUGGAGAUGCUUCAGUGGCCGAGAAUGGUGAUUCAGCAUUUGGUGGGCAGUGGCAAGGUAGCGAAGCUGUUUUCAUGAGGUCAAAUGAGCAUGGGAGUAAGUCAACUGACAGGAGGUGGGAUACGGCUGGGCUUGGUGGAAUGGCACUGAAAUUGGUGGAGGGUGAUAAAGCAUCUAGGAACUGGUGGAAGAAGUUGGAGCUUGUACGUGGACUCUUGUCAGAACCUGUUGAUGAUCAAAGUAGAUUGGAUGCCCUUAUAUGCUCUGCUAUUUAUUUAAAGUGGAUUUAUACAGGUCAAAUAUCGUGUUUCGAAGAUGGUGGUCAUUAUCGACCCAACAAACAUGCUGAGAUAUCGAGGCAUAUUUUCCGUGAACUUGAAAAGAUGUACUACAUAAAAGGCACAUCACCUGAGGAUGUGCUUGUGAUUCGUAAGAUUCAUCCUUGUUUACCUUCAUUUAAGGCGGAGUUUACUGCAGCUGUUCCUCUAACACGAAUUCGUGAUAUUGCUCACCGGAAUGACAUCCCACAUGAUCUCAAGCAAGAAAUCAAGCAUACUAUACAAAACAAGCUACACCGUAGUGCUGGCCCUGAGGAUCUUAUUGCUACAGAAGCCAUGCUUACCAGGAUUACGAAGAAUCCUGGAGAAUACAACGAAGCAUUUGUAGAACAGUUCAAAAUAUUCUAUGGCGAACUAAAAGACUUCUUUAAUGCUGGCAGCCUGUUUGAACAACUGGAAUCCAUCAAGGAAUCUUUGAGUGAGUCUGGCCUGGAAGCACUGUCAUCAUUUGUGAAAACCAAAAAGAGCUUGGACGAAGUUGAAGAUGUAAAAGUUUUGAUGAAGACCUUGCAAGCAUUAUCAUAUUUGAGAUCAGUUCUAAUGAAGGGCCUUGAAAGUGGCCUUAGAAAUGACGCGACUGAUGCUGGUAUAGCAAUGCGACAAAAGUGGCGCCUUUGUGAGAUUGGUCUUGAGGACUACUCGUUUGUUUUGUUAAGCAGAUACAUCAAUGGUCUUGAAGCUUUAGGUGGAUCAGCUUCGCUUGCACGGUGUGUGGCUCGAGAUACAAGUGUAUGGGACGAUACCCUUGAUGCCCUUAUUAUUGGCAUCAACCAAGUUAGCUUUUCAGGUUGGAAGCCAGAGGAAUGCACUGCAAUAGGGAACGAGCUUCUUUCUUGGAAGCAAAAAGGUCUAUCUGAAAGUGAAGGCAGUGAAGAUGGGAAGUAUAUUUGGGCACUGAGACUUAAAGCUACACUUGAUAGAGCAAGGAGAUUAACGGAAGAAUAUUCUGAAGCACUGCUUUCUAUAUUCCCUGAAAAUGUCAAGGUCCUUGGGAAAGCCCUUGGAAUACCAGAGAACAGUGUGAGAACAUACACCGAGGCUGAAAUUCGUGCUGGUGUUAUUUUUCAGGUCUCCAAACUUUGCACUGUACUUCUGAAAGCUGUUCGAGCAGUAAUUGGAUUGUCCGGCUGGGAUGUUCUUGUUCCUGGAGAGACCCAUGGAGCUUUGAUACAGGUAGAAAGAAUCAUUCCUGGAUCAUUGUCUUCAUCCAUCAAAGGACCUGUGGUUCUACUUGUAAAUAAGGCUGAUGGAGAUGAAGAGGUCAAAGCUGCUGGUGAUAAUAUUGUGGGGGUUAUUCUCCUACAAGAGUUACCUCACUUAUCACAUCUUGGUGUUAGAGCUCGUCAAGAGAAAGUUGUAUUUGUAACUUGUGAAGAUGAUGACAGAAUUGCAGGUCUGAGGUUGCUCGAAGGAAAACAUGUCAGGUUGGGAGCAUCGUCCAAUGAUGUUGAUUUGUCAGUAAUUUCAGAUGAGCAUGUCAGUAGCAUAUCUUCAGAGCUGUCCAGUACACAGAAACCCUCAAAUGAGUUCUCUUUACCACUGGCUACGGACAAGUCAUCAUACAUAUCUGAGCCAACUUCUGGAGAAAAUGAUAGUUCCAGUGUUCUUGAGCUUUCAGAGGCAUCAAUUGAAUCAUCUGGUGCUAAAGCUAAAGCUUGUGGAACUCUUUCUGUGCUAGCCUCACUGUCAAGCAAAGUUUACAGCGAUCAAGGAAUUCCAGCGGCAUUUCAAGUUCCUUGUGGUGCUGUGAUUCCAUUUGGAUCAAUGGAGGAUGCACUCAAGAAAAGUGGAUCACUGGAAUCGUAUACCAGCCUUCUAGAGAAGAUCGAGACAGCUGAAAUCGAAAAUGGUGAACUCGAUAGCUUAUCAUCUGAGCUACAAUCAACAGUAUCACUACUUUCACCAUCUGAAGAAACCAUUGAGUCUUUGAAAACAAUCUUCUCCAAGGAUGGUCGGCUAAUUGUCAGAUCUAGUGCCAAUGUGGAGGAUUUGGCUGGUAUGUCAGCAGCUGGGCUCUACGAAUCCAUUCCUAACGUCAGUCUCUCGGACAUAACUUCCUUUGGAUCUGCGGUCGCACGGGUUUGGGCCUCACUAUACACGAGGAGAGCCAUCCUUAGCCGCCGAGUGGCUGGUGUGCCUCAGAGAGACGCCAAGAUGGCUAUUUUGGUCCAGGAAAUGCUGGAGCCAGAACUAUCGUUUGUGCUUCACACUGUCAGCCCCUCUGACCAUGACACCAAGGUCGUCGAAGCCGAGGUUGCCCCUGGGCUUGGCGAAACACUAGCUGCAGGGACCCGUGGCACCCCAUGGAGGCUCUCGUGCGACAAGUUUGACACCAGUGUCACCACUCUAGCCUUUGCGAAUUUCAGCGAAGAGAUGCUGGUGCUCAACUCUGGCCCCGCCGAUGGGGAGGUGGUUCAUCUGACCGUGGAUUACAGCAAGAAGCCGUUGUCAGUUGACUCGACCUUCAGGAAACAGUUUGGUCAGCGCCUCGCCGCGAUUGGCCAGUACCUGGAGCAGAAAUUCGGCAGUGCCCAGGAUGUGGAAGGUUGCAUGGUCGGCGAAGAUAUCUACAUAGUACAGAGCAGGCCACAACCACUGUAGAAGUGUUUUGCUUUCAUGAGCGAAGUUUUGUUAGCUGAAUAAAAUUUGCUGAAAGUAUUACGGUUUUUGUAAUAUCGCGUGGCAAAAUAAAGUCCGGGUAAGAACUAAGAAGAGCCCUCUGGCGAAACUGAACAGGUCUGAAUAUUGCUUCGGGUUGUAAUUAACUUUCGGGGUGUGGAUUGUAUCCACUGUAAUCACAUACAGCGUCCAUGGUCUACACGAAAGAGCAUCGAACUCUGGGAAAAUACAGUUUUGUUUCUUUGA